CUCAGUACAGUUUGAAUGAAGCCUCGAUCAUCAGCUGCUCUAAUACAGCACAAAAUGGGUCUGCACAAUUCACACCACAAGCCUUGUCCAACUCACCUCCAGUCUCCCAUCAAUAUUCACACCAGAACGGCAAAGUAUGAUCCUUCCCUGAAGCCUCUGAAGUUCAGCUAUGAUCCAAAAACAGCUAAACGUAUUGUUAAUGUUGGGCAUUGCUUCAAUGUGGAAUUUGAAGAUACAUGUGAUAGAUCAGUACUUGGAGAGGGGCCAUUAACUGGGUAUUACCGCCUGUGUCAGUUCCAUUUCCACUGGGGAUCAUCCGAUAAGGAUGGCUCUGAACACAAUAUUGAUGGAAAACUGUAUCCUGCUGAGCUUCACAUAGUACAUUGGAAUUCCAAAAAGUACACUUCAUUUGAAGAAGCUGCACAGCAUUCUGAUGGUGUAGCCGUAGUAGGAGUUUUCUUAAAGCUCGGAGACACAAACCCCGUUCUGGAAAGCAUUAUACAAAAUCUGGAUAGAGUUAAAACAAAGGGUAAAACAUGUCCAUUUACAGAAUUUGAUCUUACUGACCUCCUUCCAAAGGAUCUUAACUACUGGACUUACAUGGGAUCGCUAACCACAAAACCUUACUUUGAGUGUGUUACUUGGAUUAUUCUUCAGGAGGCCAUAACUGUCAGCUCAGAGCAGCUGGAACAAUUUCGCAGGCUACAGUGCACAUCUGAGAAUGAAAAUCCGAGCUUCAUUCUGGAAAACCACAGGCCCGUUCAGCCACUAGACCACAGAGUUGUUCGAUCUUCGUGUCCCGUCAAACACAAACUUUUCCAUUCAUGGCAACAGGGUUUCCUCUAAACUUUGCAAUUCAUCAUCUUCAACGUUCACCUUCCAGCAUCCUGUGUUCAGUCCACUGUGGUAUUAAAGCUUGAACACCCAAA